AUACUGACGAACAGUCGCCAUCAACCAUAAACCUCCUCCAGUUUUGGACCGCGGACAACAGCAUAUCGGGUGGAGCGAGACUGGUUGUUGAUUUACUUGCCGAUCAGACCAAAACCCUUCCGGAAAGUGGAGCAUGUUUUCACCAAAUUCGUCUGCCUUCUUGUCACAAUGAUUUCCUGGCUUUUAAAAGAGCAAUGGAUGUUGCCCUAGGGUUUGGGGCAAAAGGAUAUGGUCAAUUCUAA